UUUACAUUUGAAGCAGAGGAGUACUUUAGCUUACAUUUGAAGCAGAGGAGUAUUUUUUUAGCUUACAUUUGAAGCAAAUUUGAAUAUCGUCUUUUCUAUUUAUCUAUCAGCUACCGUAAAAACCAACCCCUCUUUCAUUCUUAUUCUCACUCUUCAUUAUCAGUGCAAAAAAUGCCAUCAGAUAUCGUUUAUCAACGCCCUUUGUUUGGGGGACAAAUAUCAUGCACGUUUCCCAACAGAUUCCAGGAUGUCAGCGAAAUUCGCCAAGUACCUGAUCAUCAGGAGGUGUUUGCGGACCCUAGCCGCGAUGAAAGUUUGAUUGUUGAGCUUUUAGAGUUUAAGCCUGAUGUUGCUGAUAAUGAUAGUGCUGUGUGGUUUCUGCAAGAUCUUGCUAGGGAACAGGACGCUGAAGGAACUUUGGUUAUUGAGCAGUCAGGAGUUCAUGAAGCACCUGGUUUGAUGUAUAAUAAUAUAUCGGCUGUUGUAACAACUGCAGUGGGCCAAAUGGCGAUUUCUAAGGGGCGACAGGGAAGGGAAGCACAAAAUACUGUGAAAGUUCAUUUGGCAAAUUUGCGUAUUAAAGGAGUUGAUACUGAUGUACUAAUCACUGCAUAUGAGCCGAUUGUUAUAAACCCUUUUAGCGAAAGUGCGGAUGCGGUUGGUGCCGGCAUGGCUGUUCCUGCUGCACAAGCUGGAUGUAUGCCAAUGGAUGAGGUCUUUAAACUUGCUGUUACAAGCUUCAAGGAAAAGAGACAGAAAAGUGGAAAAGGAAAAAGAGCAAGAGAACAAGGGUUGAAGGAAGGAAAAGCUUGAAGCUCAGAGAUUUGCCGGAUUAACUCAGGUAACGAGCAGUGAUUGAGUAGAAGCUAGUCCUUGGAGUCUAGUGUAGUUCCUUAGUGGGUCAUGCUCUGGUAGAUGUAACAUCGGGAUGGGAUGUUUUACUAUGUUUUCAUUUGGUUGUUGAACAACUUUACAUGUGUCAUACGGUGAACUGACUUGGGGUGUUUUGCUUUUUAUCGCAAUGUCGCGGAUAGCAAGAGUCGCCACCGACUUUUCUUUUAUCCAAUAAGGAAAGGUGGAAAAGAACAGGAAAGACCUCAAUAGAUUUUGGGUUCGGGAGGUACAUUAUACAAAGGGAAGGUAUUAGCACCCUUUGUAUCCAUGGUUAUCCAUGGGCUCUUAAUUACUGGAUCACUUAUAUUUUUGUCUGAAAAAGUGCUUGUGAACGGCUUAGAAAAUAUUUUGAAAAGAGAGUUUAACUUUGUAAUGAUUCUCGUAUGAAUGUAUACAAAGUGGUUAUCUCGUUUAGUUUUGAAA